AUGUCGCGCCCCGAAGACCUCUUGCCGCCGGAUCUCUUCUACAACGACGUCGAGAGCCGCAAAUACACCACAAACUCGCGCAUCAAGAACAUUCAAGCCUCCAUGACCCACCGCGCCCUCGAACUCCUCGAUCUACGCAGUCCCUCUCUGAUCCUCGACCUCGGAUGCGGAAGCGGACUUUCCGGCGAACUGCUCUCAGAAGUCUCGCCCGAAGACGGCGGCCCACACACCUGGAUCGGCAUGGACAUUUCCGCCUCCAUGCUCGCUCAAGCGCUCGACAGAGAUGUAGACGGCGAUUUGAUGCUAGCGGAUAUCGGACAGGGUGUUCCCUUUCGUCCAGGCAGUUUCGACGCCGCGAUCUCGAUAUCCGCGAUUCAAUGGUUGUGUAAUGCGGAGAGCAGUGAUGUUACGCCUGAAGGAAGACUGAAGCGGUUUUUUGAUGGCUUAUAUGCGAGUUUAAGGCGUGGUGGUCGCGCAGUCUGUCAGUUCUAUCCCAAGAACAAGCAACAGAGGAAUAUGAUCAGUGCGGCUGCUGUGAAAGCUGGUUUCGGCGCUGGUAUUCUCGAGGACGAUCCAGGCACCAAGAGCGAAAAGCUGUAUCUUGUUCUUACGGUUGGAGGAGGCGAUCUGGGCAGAGAGCAAGAGGCGGCGAGCAGAGAUAUCACGGGCGUUGUCAAUGGCAUGACUGAUGUGGAUAUUCAGGAUGCACGUCGCAAGAAGGAUUUGCGCUCGCGCAAGGACAUGACAAGAGUCAAAGGAAGCAAAGGCUGGAUCAUAAGAAAGAAGGACCAGAUGGAGAAACAGGGCAAGGUCGUCAAGGCGAACUCAAAGUACACUGGCAGAAAGAGAAAGAUUGCCUUCUAG